UGCUUUAAAAAUAAAAAGCCCAUUAAAUCCACCCUGAUAUUUGGGCUACGCUGGCUCUGACUUGUUCUUGAAGAAAAAGAAAGCUAAUGCAGACGGCGUCAGCUACACCUGCUGAACAAAUUUCAAUUUUUACCUAUUUAUCCAUAUAAUUGAUAUCACAGACAUGAAAUUUCUUGGUUCAAUUGAACGGAAUUUAUUAGGUUUUUUCUCCCUUUUGUGCUGAGGUAGUAGUAGUAAUUUGUAGGUUAAUCGUAUCAAACAGAGAAUUCAGAGAAAAGAAGCGGAAAAAUGCCAUUGCUAUCUAAAGCUGUCUUCGCUGCCAAAAACCAUGCGGAAUCAUCUCUCCAGGUUUUCAAAGGGUUUGGUUUGUCAAAGAGAUUUUUCUCAUCAAUGUCCAGAAGGCCCGCCUCAAAAAAUUUAUCUUCUCAUCCAUUGACUAAACAAACAAUGGUGGCAGAUCAUGAGGGUCUGAACUGUUUCACGAAGUAUGGUUUAUCUAACAGAUACUAUUGUAGCAAAACAAGGUCCACAAACAGUAUUAAGACUUCUCCGUUACCUGAACAAGCUGGGACUAACUGGAGAUCUUUUCUAAUUCCUGGUUUGGCUUUAGGUGGAAUUGGUGGGUUGUUUUGUCUCGUUCACUAUAAUGAUGAAAGGAGAGCUGUGCUUAAAGGCAAGGGUGUAAAAUUUGAGCGAAGUGCCUUUCAAGGGCCGAUAAUAGGUGGCCCUUUUAGUUUAAUUGAUACAGAAGGUCGGCUUGUGACUGAAAAGAAUCUUCUGGGGAAUUGGGUUCUUCUUUAUUUCGGCUAUACUUCCUCCCCUGAUGUUGGGCCUGCAGAACUGCGAAAGAUGGCCAACGCAAUUAAUAUCUUAGAAUCGAAGCAGAAUAUCAAGGUCUUGCCCAUAUUUGUCACUAUUGACCCUCAGCGGGACACCCCCUCACAUCUUCGUGCUUAUAUUCAAGAAUUUGACUCAAGAAUAGUGGGUUUGACUGGACCAGCUGCUGCAAUAAGGCAAAUGGCUCAAGAAUACCGGGUGUUCUUUAGAAAGGUUGAUGAAGAAGGAGAUGAUUAUCUCAUAGAGUCUUCUCACAACAUGUACUUGAUGAACCCGGGUAUGGAGGUCUCGAGAUCCUUUGGCAUCGAGUAUAACGCCGAGGAACUGUCGGAGGCCGUAGCCAAAGAGAUCAAGAAAACUGCAAUUGCUGAGCCACGCAUUUGAUCUGUUCUAUUUUGCCAGUGUAAGGGCCUUAUUUCUUAGCAGUAUUUUUUUUCCUAAGGAAAUUACCUCACCGUUCAGUUUUUUGUUAGUACUGUGAACUAGGCAGGGCAUCCAUUAUUCGAAUGCAUUCGUUUAAGUGCGUGCUAUUUGGUCUGCAAUUUGAUUGCUAGUAACGGAGAUCAUUUUUGUGAAAAUUGAGAUUAGUUGGUGUAUAAUUGCGUUGGUUCUCUAAUACUAGGUCUCCAAAUUGACUGUUUAGAAUACCAUUUAUUGGAAUACCAUUUCUUGGGAAUGGUUCAAA